UGCACAGUUCAUAGUCUACCAGGGAAUUGCCUCUUCUCUGUGGACCUUUGACCAGGGCUUGUGCUGUUGAAGGGAGGAGAGAGAGCAAUGGCGUCUACAGAAACCCUUCAAAGGCAUUGCUGAGAGCUUCCUCUCUUCCAGCGAUCCUGUUGCAAAGUCUAAGGCCAUUGUGAGUCCUCAUCCCUUCUGAUCUUCUUUUUCUUCCUGGAAGCUGAUGGAAUCUUCUUUUCCUCUAGUGUUUUGAAAUUUGAAAUGUGUUUGUUGUAGGUAUUUUCAUCUACUAUUUCUAUUCACAUGUAGAAGAGUGAAAAUGCUGCAUGAGAUGUGAUUGUGGUGCCUCUUUUGAAUGAUGUUUAAAGUAUCUUCUAUGUGUAACUAAUAUGACCUCAACAAAACAUGAAGGCACAGGCAGUACUGUCUUUCUUCUUCACUCUUAUACCAUCUCUAUGUGGAUCUCAAGAUUCCUGAAUGCAACAUUGUCUUCUACAUGCUCCAAAUGUUUCCUAACCCAACAAAGCUAAGUUUGUUUUACUCUUUUGGGGCCUGCUGGCUCUAGCUGGCUGGGUACAGUAAUUUGCUAUUGUUGUAGUAAGAAUUAAAAGCAAAUGUGUUCAUGGUGUAAAAAUCAACAGGAAUCCUUAAUUUGUAUAAUUUACAUAAUUUCCAGCAACUGUAGCAGGCCAGGAUCAGAGGAGAACUGAAACUAUUGAUCAAGUACAGAGCAAACUAGUGUUUCUAUACUUUAUACUGUUGUCAUUUCUCAUAGUUACAUUGAAUCAAACAGAUACUCAGUUAAAAAUGCAGAGACUCAAACACAGAACUUCAUGAUUUGUCUCUAAUAAUUAGACUAGCAAGGGUUUUUGAUGAAUGAUGUGGUCUGUUAAUGAUCAGGCUACUGACCAGGGAUAGUUCUUCUAGGUGGUCCCGAUAUAAUCCUUGGUAAGUGCCCAUCAUUAAUUCUUUGCAUAACUGCACUUGCUUUCAGAUACAUUCUUUUUAGCUUCCUUCAGUCCUCUUAGUACUAUGAGUGAGCAAGUAGUCAUUGGAAGACUUGAUGAAGACGUAAUUCUCCCUUGUUCCUUUGAGAGUGGACCUGAUAUUGUAAUUCACUGGAAGAAUCAAGAUAACUACUACCUGUACUCAUACUACAAAGAGAGUGACCAGUUGGAAAAGCAAGAUCCCAAAUUCAUAAACAGGACAUCUCUCUUCCAUGGUCAAAUUCACAAUGGGAAUGCCUCCCUAUCUUUCAGAAGAUUAAGCCUUCAGGAUGAAGGAAUUUAUGUAUGCUAUGUGGGGACAUCAUCUAGAAAAAAAAUAAACAAAGUGGUACUAAAAGUGGGAGCUUUUGUCACACCUGUGAUGAAGUAUGAAAAGAAAAACACAAACAGCUUCUUAAUAUGCAAUGUGUUAAGUGUUUAUCCUUAUCCAAUUAUCACAUGGAAAGUGGAUGAUACACCUAUCUCUGAAAACAGUGUGGAAGAAGUUGAAUCUUUAGGUGCCUUUUGUAUUAACAGUGGAGUAAAUAUUACAAGAUCAAAUUCAUCUUAUCAAUGUGCUAUUGAAAAUACAUUGCUGAAACAAACAUGGAGAGGGAAAUGGACAAUGAAAGAUGGCUUUCGUAAAAUGCAAAGUGAAAAUGUUUUACUCUCAUGUGAACCUGAAAACAGUUUUUUCCUUCCAACACAAGACUUUGUAGUCACUUGGUCCAAAGUGGGAAGUGAGACAUCUUCUGUCCUGGCUUACUUUCUGAACUCCUCACAAAAAACAGUUGUCAACGAACCCCGACUUUCAUGGAACAAAGAACUGAUAAACCGGCAUAACUUCUCUUUGACUUUGAAGGAUCUUAGUCUUUCAGACAGUGGGGAAUAUUUGUGCAAUAUUUCUUCCAGCAACUAUACUUUACUGACCAUCCAAACACUGCAUGUAGAAGUAGAUCAAAGAACAGUUGUCAGGAUAAUUCUUCCAAUUUUGGUGGCAGUUUUGGCAGCAACUUUGGUGCUUUCAGUGGUAACUUCAAAGUUAAGAAGAUGCAUCUGUUCCUGCCCAGAAGAGCAUUCUACUAACCAGAGAUCUUGCAAUGCUGGAACUGCUGAAGAAACCAGGGCUCUUUCAGAUCAUCCAGCCAGUAUAAGAAAUGAAGGCAGGAGUUGACAACACAGCACAGAUAUCCUUAAUAUCCAGUGACCUCAUCUCCCCUUUCUUCCCUUCCAUGCCAGCGAUGGCUUGCCAUGACCUAGCUUGUGAUACUGGGAAGAGUAUAUUCUCUAAAGACCUAAGAAUUAUUCACUGACCCCCCUACACACAUCGAGAUUAUGAUCCUGGAUCCCAAGGAUUCCAACUCAGCUGCUAAAAGAACCAUCUCAUUUGUUUACAUCCCUGCUGCAGUCAGCCAGGAGGCUACAGCAAGGUUUUCACUAGGAACUCAGAAGAAAUAUAUCAUUAAGAGAUGAUUCAGAAAUCUACUCAUCAGUGAUGGGUGAGAGGUAGGGCCAGAAAUCACCUUCGUGAAAAGGUGAAAACCAGGGCCUGGAAAACAAGGCAACUGAUUUGCUAAAGUGGUGUACUCUAUUUUUAUAUGAAUGGUUAAUAUCAGUUUAACCAAGAUUUAGAAUGGUGAGUCUUAGGGACCCCAAGAGUAAGGGUAUCAGUAUUGCUAAGACCACCUGGGCAAAGAGCCCUCAAAAUUGACAUCUCUGGGAGUUCCCAUUAUGGUGCAGUGGAAACAAAUCUGACUAGCAUCCAUAAGGAUGCAGGUUCAAUCCCUGGCUUCACUCAGUGGGUUAGCAACCUAACAUUGUCAUGAGCUAUGGUGUAAGUUGCAGACGCAGCUUGGAUUCCUCAUCGCUAUGGCUGUGCUGUAGGCCAGCAGUUAUAGCUCUGAUUUGACUCCUAGCCUGGAAACUUCCAUAUGCCAUGGGUGUGGCCUUAAAAAGCAAAAAAAAAAAAAAAAAAAAAAAAAAGAUGUCUCUGGUUUGGGUUACCUUCCAACACCAGGUUUCCAUGGCCGAGUGACCCUAGUUAUGUAGAUAAUUUGAUUUACUCUUCUGGCUCCAUUUUCAUACAGUUAAUCAGCUUUCUAACAAAUUUAGAUUUUCAUGUAAAUUUUUAUGCAAAGAGAAUUGAUAAUUCAGCUGACUAGAUGAUCUGUUCCCCUUAAUUUUAUCACUGUAUAAGAAAAAGUCUAACCAGGAUUUUUCUGACUUAGUCAAGUUUUUGACCCUAUAAUUUAUAGAAGACCAACCCUUAAUUGUGCAUUAAUGUCCAUCAGCUGGGCUCAUUUCACCUUCUACCUUGCACAUAGUUUUGUUGAGUUCAGUAUUGUUGAGUUCAGUAUUGGCUAUGAUGUUGUGACCAGUGUUUAUCACAAACAAGGGACAUUUGGUGAGGAGAAAGUGCUCAGAACUGCUCUAGCUUUCUGUAAGAGGGUGACACAUUUGAAGACCAAAGCCAACACAUCAAGGAUGAUAGACAAGAAGGAACCUGUGUCCUUUCAGCCCCUGAAUUAAUCUUCGAGUCAGGAGUUCCCACCUGUCUCAGUGGAAAUGAAUCUGACUAGCAUCUAUGAGGACACAGGUUCUAUCCCUGGCCUUGCUCAGUGGAUUAAGGAUCCUGCAUUGCCAUGAGGUAUGGUAUAGGUCCCAGAUGCAGCUCAGAUCUGGCGUGGCUGUGGCGUAGGUCAGCUGCUACACCUCCGAUUCAACCCCUAACCUGGGAACCUCCAUAUGCUUUGGGUGCGGCCCUUAAAAAAAAAAAAUCUGAGUCAGAUUGGAUCAGAGAGGCAGACUGCUAAGGAUGGUAGAAUAAGUAUUUAUUACACAGAUUCAAUGUUAUACAACUGUUGGCAUUGGUGAAGUCUAUGCCAGGCUGACCCCCACUCUGGAUCUGGUGAUGGGCCUGAAGUCACUGUAGGUCAGGAAAGAGAACUGGACAUGGAAUUUAUAAGAACAAACCAAAUCCCUUGCUCUCUCAGAGAACCUCCAAAGUCAGUGCUAUGAGUGACCUGUAAGUAGCUGGCCCCCAUUGCCAUGGGGCCACACAUAUGCCUAACCAGGACUCUGGGAGGCUGGAGGACUCUGAGAGUAGCUAUGGCCUGUCACUGCUAGCUUACCUUUCUAGCCUGGGGUAAAUACUUCACAGUGCUUGGAAUCAUACGUUGACCUUGUGAGCACAAAAAAACAGCUGCUCCUUCGCUUCUGCCUCUCUCUCUGGUGCAAAUUUCUCUUGUGACCAACAUUAAUCCAGAACCACACAGAGAAGGGAAUUCUGGGAAGUGUACCUCCAGUUUAGCCAAAUUGGUACAAUACAGAGACAGCCUACUGAACAUCCGGUGUGGGAAGUUGCUUCAGUAUUGCACCCGCAAAUAGCCUACAUGUGUGCCAGGUAGGAGGGUUUUACCUACAGUUAAAAGUGCCUAACUGUGAGUAUGGAUUGCUAAGCCUGUUAGUGGCUAACUCAUGGAUAUAGAAAUGAGUCAAGCAGAGUUCACUAACUUCAGUAGGGUCCUAGUCUCCAUGGACUGUAACACAGCUCAUGUCUCCCAUAAAUAUUACUCAUUAAGAGGCAAUAUGGACAAAGUAUUUUUUAAUAUCAGAAUUUAAAAGAUGUUUGCAUCUAUUUAAUCUUUCAUGUGAAAUGUUUACUUGCAUCUGAGGAUCAAAAAUAUCCCCAUUAAACUUGGAAGCAAUACUAUUCCCUUUUAUUAGUACAUUUUUCUAAUCUUUUUUAAAUGUUUCAAAAAUGAAUGGAUAUAUCAAAACAAACAGAUGUAUAGAUACAGAGAACACACUAGUGGUUACAGGUAGAGAGAGGGGAAGAAGAUUAAGAGGUACAGACUACUAGGUAAAAAGUAAACAAGACACAAGGAUGUAAUGAACAGCACAAGGAAUAUAACCAAUCUUUUAUAGUAACUUUAAAUGGAGUAUAAUCUACAAAUAUGGAAUCACCACGUUGUAACCCUGAAACUAAUAUAACACUGUAAAUCAACUGUAUUUCCAUAAAGAACAUAAAAUGUAUAUUUCAAAUGCAAGUUAAGUUUCUGACUAUGAAACAGUACCCUCCUUGUACUUCGCCAGCCUCUCUCCUUCAUAAGUGAGGACUGCUCAUUCUUCACGAACCUGAAAAACAGAAUAUCUGUUCUGUGAGGUUCCUGUGACUUUCAUCAGUGGAACACAUACGCCCAGAACCAGGCCCAGUGCUUUCCAGACAAAAGCAGGCCUUAACCAACUCUCCCUUAGCUUCAAAGGGAGGCAGGGAACUGAGGCAAUUAUCUGCCUGAAAGAAAGCAGACACCAGUAACUUCCUGCUCAUCGCUCAAUUUCCUGCCCGCCUGGCUUUGCCAGUGAAGGCAGCGCCCUCUACAGAAGACCCCAUGAAGCAGAGAUGGUAGGUAGCCUCCUCACCAAUUUGCUCCAAGGCCCUGACACAAUUCUAUCAGAAAACCUUUUCCUUUGGUUUAUGACAGUUGGAAGAUUUUCAGGCUUUCCUUUUGCGAAUGGAAAACAAUUAGUCAUUGCACUGCCAAGGACGAUUUUCCUAUUCAUCUCUGGCCUCUUAGAAGCAAUUUCUGCCUCACUCAUUUUAUUCUUUGUUGGAAAUAACUGUGACAAAGUCGAAUGCAUUACAUCUGUUUCAGAGGCCCUUUGACCUCCUGCAGCUGAGUGCAAUUGUAGCAUGUGGAAAGCAUUUCCCUAAACAAAUCCAUUACACAGGGUUGCUGGGCAGCUUCUGCACAGAAGACCCCAAUCAGAUGCCAUAACACUUCUCAAAUUGACGCCAGAGUUCAAACCAUGUAACUGGACCUCUUCACAUAGGCCUUAUCCCUGAGAUAACUUAUUUGCUCAUCAAUAAGAAAUUCUAGAGUAUGUCAAUGAUGCAUAAUUCUCAUAUUUGGAUCCUAAUAUAUUCAAUAUAACCAAUUUUGAGUCUCCGAAAGAGAUCUUUUUUGACCUCUGAUAAGGUAGUAUUUAUUACUGGCCAUCCUGUCUACUUAUCUUGCAAAGUUAUUGGUAGUUCAUUUAUAACAAAUAAGGAAGAAGCCCAAGCAUGUACUACUUUUUAAAAAAUGAAAUGAUGGUACCUAUGCUAAGUGCUCUAUAGGCAUUCUAUAGAGGAUAUCCAAUCUUUAAUUCACUUCUCCUAAAGCCAGAUCACAUUUAAAAACACUGGGAAAAAUCUCAGUGAGGAAACUGAGGCCUCCCUAAUUGCUGUAGUAUGAAAUGUACCCUACCCCCAAAUUCAUAUGGUGAAAUUCUAACCCUCCCAGUGAUGGUAUUAGGGGGUGGGGCUUUGGGGAAGUGAUUAGGUCAUGAGGGUUGAGUCCUCAUAUCUGGGAUUAAUGCCCUUAUGAAAGAAGACUCAGAGAGCUUCUUCCUCCCUUUAUAUCAUGUGAGCUUACAGUGAGAAGAGGGCUGUCUCUAAGGCAGUAGCCCUCAGCAGACACCAAAUCUGCCAACACCAUGACCUUGGAAUUCCCAGCCUCCAGAACUAAGAAAUAUUUGUUUGUAAGCCACCCAGUCUCUGGUACUCUGUAAUGCAGCCUGAACAGACUAAGACACUGACCCUGCCAAGCCUGCAUUUAGUGUUCUCUGUCACUCAGCCCCUUUACCAGGAAAAUUAAGGCUGUGGCUCCUGCUAUUGGAUCAGAACUAAAGUUUCAUGGACCACAGAGAUGUAAACAGUUCCUUUCUCUGUUUUAGGGUGGAAAGGCAAAAAGCAGGACUCUUGCAUGUUCUCCUUCAGGGCAUCAAUUUUAAACCUCCCUCCCCAGGUCUGCAUAUCAAUACAAAAAGCAUAUACUUGUCUACCAUAGAAAGAAUUGUAAUUUCAAGCAGAUCCUUCUGUGCUUUUUUUCAUCAUCUUUGCUCCUGGACUCCUGACAAUUCUACUCACAUGAAUCUAGGCCCUGGAGUUCAGAGCCUGCAAAUUAACCUAGAAUUAAGCAUUUGAGAAGUGUUAAGUACAUCCCACUCACAUUCUUAGCAGCUCACACUUCCUGGACAAAUAGAAUACAGGAAGAUUUUAUCAGAACCUGUUUUGUUUUUCUUUUUACAGCCACACCUGCGGCAUAUGGAAGUUCCCAGCAACAUGGGAUCUGAGUCACAGUUUACAGCAGUGCCCAAUCCAACACACAGAGUGAGGCCAGGAAUCAAACCUGCAUCCUCAUAGAGACCACGUCAGGUCCUUAACCCACUGAGCCACAAUGGGAACUCCUACCAGAAUCUGUUUUUUUUUUUUAAUGUAGUUUUUAAAAAGCCUUUAAAGAAAGCAUUAAGAAAUUUCUACAUGAUGACAUGAGCCUGAAACAAAUGCUUUAAGAAUCAGAGCAGAGUUGAAUAUCUGACAUACCUUUCUCCCAAACUCUUUUGCUUUAAUCUUGAGUUUGUGAACUUGAGACUCAGCUAUCUCUGCCCUUUCCUUAGCUUCAUUCAACUCAUGUUGUAGCUUCUUAUACUUGGAAAGGUAUUGAUUGGCUUCUGCUUCCUAUAAAAAUAAAAAAUGAAAAAUACAGAAGUCCCUAAA